AUGGUCGCCUUGGAGGAGGUUGGUCCGGCUGCCGACUUCGGAUCGUUGAGCGCGUUUCUCGGGGUGGGCGUGCCGGGCGUGCCGGUCGCCGAGCGUGGAGCCCACCUCAAGGCGCCACUGCCGCUGCCCACCCCCACUGCAACUUCCGCCAGGAUUGGCAAGGAUGGCACCCUCAGCAAGAAGGUUGCCUUCAGGAUGCUGAAGCAGCUCGGGUGCGAAGUGCUCUCGGAUGAGGAUGGCGAGGCCCGGUACGUGCAGGUGGGCAUCAAAACUCAGCCGGUGCUCUUCAAGAUGCUUGUGGAGCUGGGCCACGCGCCCCGGCGCGGCGAAGAUGGCGAAUUCAUGGUUCAAGUUGUCGAGCAACGCGGGCGAAAGCCGGAGGAAGUUGUCGCAGCCCUGUCGGCACCCCGGAAGCCGCCUCGAGCUCCCCGGCAGGAGCCCGAAGACGAAGGCUACCCUUCCAUGCCUCGUCCUCGCCUGAAGCCGGAGGAUGCGCAGCUUCUCGUCAACCGUCUCUACAAGGUGCCGAGAAGGCCUCCUGCAGAGGUGAAGGCGGAUGCUGCGAAGCCGCGGCGGACUGCGGCGGAGCAGCGCGCCUACCUCGACCGCUUGGUGAAGCCUCGGGCUGAGGAGACGCAGGCUCCGGAGCUGGACGAAGUGAUCCUGGAAGCGGGCAGGCGGCUCCUGAAGAACGGGAUCACUUGGCCGAGCUUCUCCAGUCCCUCCGAAAGCCGAGCAAAGAAGGCACAGAGCCGCACGAGGCUGGCACAGGCCGGAGCUUUGGCCAUCUCGAGCACAGAGCCCAAGGACGUUCGAGGGCCGCAGUCCAUGCACUCUCGCUUGCGCCUGCCGCGCUCCCGGCCUUCCUCUGCGGAGCUCAGACGCCGCGACUCCGGGGUCGCCCCGCCUCUCCAGACCCUCCAGCCGCUGCAGCCGCUUCAAGCACUGGAGGCACUGGAAAGCGCGCUGCCCAAGAGCCCUCCACCGGAGAUUCCUCCGCCGCCUGCGGAGCAGGAGGUCUCGGCAGGAGGCCUGGAGCAGGAAGAGACGCCGAUGCCGGAAGCGGACACAGAGGCGAAGGAGGAGACGCCAGAAGAGCCCGAGAUGGUCUUGGAGGAGUCCAUCGAGUCUGUAGAGAGCACCGGCGCUUGGCUGGAGCGGCUCCUGGGUCCCGCGAAGUUUGGGAUCGACCAGAAGCGGUCCUGCAAGGAACAGCGGGAGCGACUCGAAGAGUUAGCAAAGCCCCGACAGCUGAAGGAGCCUCUGCCCGAGCCCGGCCCCACCAGUGCCAAGCCCAGGCCAAGGUCUCCUCGCUCACAGAGAGAGGCGUGCAAGAGGCUGGCGCAGCCUCGCAAGCCCAAAGCAGAAGAACCAUCGCCGCCGUCAGCGGAGCAAACGGUCCACGCUCAAGGCGAGGAGGGAGAGCCGGAGAUUCCAAGCCAGGAGACAGAGGCCCCUUCCGUUUCGGAUCCGCUCGAAGAGCUGGAGGAGCCGCCAGUAAAGAUCAUCCCGUCCUUGCUGGCACAGUGCCCUUCAAGGCUGGAGCGCAUCGACGAGGAAGCGAAGGAGGCCAAGAGGGAGUCCUUGCGAGCACGAUCCCGAGGCCACCGCUCGCCGGGCCGCGCGCGCUCCCAGGGCGCUUCUUUGCGGCGUGGAGCUCCGGCUCCCUACGCCGUCCCCGUCGUUCCAAAGCACCUGGUGGACGGACCGCCGCGGCCGGAGCACGGGAAGGGCAAGGACAAGGCGGACAAGGACGCCAGGGGAGAGAAAAAGCGGCGCAUGUCCGGACCCGGCGCGAACGGACCGAGCGGCCCGAGCAGUGCAAGCGGUGCAGACAGCCCGGAGGAGGAGUUGAGCCCGGAUGAGGCGGCGAAGCUUCUCAGCUUCUUGGCUGGUGAGGAGGGUCUCUCCGAAGGCCACGGCGAGGAGAGCGCAGCGUGUGAGCAAAUGUUGCACAGCAUCGAUGCCCUCUACACUCAGUUCAUGGCCGCUACCAGCGACACCCGUGCGAUGCCUGACGGCAAAAGCUCUGAGGCACAAGCAGAGGGAGAUCUUGGGACCACGGACGGCACGGACGAGCCGUCUGGAGCUUCCGAGACGCUUCCCCAGCCGCGUGAAGGCGAGGAUCUGAUGGCCGACAUUGACCGGCUCUACUGGGAGAUGCUCGAUGCAAGGCAUGGGGACUCCCCAGACGAGGACUCGAUGCCAGCGGAGGAGAUAAGCAAAGCUGCAGAGCCCACGGUCUGUGCACCGCUCCCGCUCCUUUCGGAGGUGCCGCCCCAGGCUCCUGAAACGCCACCCCAGGCAGAGACGGAAGUUGACACGGAAGAGUUGCCCGCUUUGCUCGAGGAAGUGCUCUGGAGCGCCAUCCUCCUGACUCGAGGAGCUGCGGGUCGCAAGCUGGAGUCUACCAUCGCAGAGGCGCGAUUGCUGCAGCUGCUGCCGCCGGCCCGCUUGGCCCAGGCCGCUUCCCUGGCCGCCUUGCCGAACAGCCUUCUGCAGCGCCUGGCGACGGAGCUGCCCGAGGUGCGCGCUGCUCUGGAGAUCACUGAGGACAUGUGCCCUCUGACCAUGGAGCAGAGGGUGACGCUGUUCCACGCGGUUCGGGAGGCCCGCGAUCGCCUCUUGGACUCCGCGGCUUCUGAGAGCGUGGCUGGGGCCUCCUCGCGGCCUUCGUCCGGAAGGUCCAGGCCUUCGGCCUCGAGCAGGCGGCUGAAAUCCAAACCUCGGAGGAGUAGCAUGAGCUACUGGACGGACGAGUCACUCGAUGCUUUGGAGGCUCCGAAGCGAACGGCGGGGCGCUAG